AUGACCAUCGCCGCACUUCCCCAGAAUACUGUCAAUCUGCUCGGAUCCGCUCAGUGCCUGACUACCCCAACUUCCCUUGUGAAAGAGCUCAUUGAUAAUGCUCUCGACGCAAAAGCUACAUCUAUUGAUAUUCUCAUAUCUCAAAAUACCAUUGACAAAAUUCAAGUUCGUGAUAAUGGACACGGUAUUCCGCACGAGGAUCUUAGCGCUCUAGGAAAACGUGGCCAUACCAGCAAAUUAAGAUCGUUUGCGGAGCUAAAAUCUAUUGGAGGGACUAGUCUUGGUUUUCGUGGUGAAGCUCUUGCAAGUGCAGUUCAAUUGGGAGAAGUGUCUUUAACUACAAGGACGGAUGGAGAACCAGUUGCAACUAUUGUGGUCUUGAAAGCUCCAGGAAGAAUCGAUCGCCAGUCCCGCACUUCGCACCCUAUUGGUACCACUGUCUGCGUUGCCAAUUUUAUGGCUAAACUUCCCGUUAGGAAACAGACUGCCCUGAAAUCUGCUUCUAAAACUCUCACGAAGGUCAGGGAGCUUGUGCAAGCCUAUGCACUUGCUCGAUCUUCCACCAGGUUCAGUCUCAAAGUUGUCAAUGAGAGUAAAAGUGGCUGGUCGUUUGCAUUACGUCCCAAUGAUGGUGUCAGAGAAGCUGUGUCGCAGGUCAUAGGCAGAGUUGCUUCCCUGCAAUGCAUGCAGGAGUCCCUGACUUUUCCCGAGACCCAAGCUGAGGAAGGUGCUCACACGCCGAAUGUUGCGAGCCGUCCCAAUAAAGGCUCAGCGCCUAAUGAUAAAUUUCAAGUCGAUAUAUUUCUACCCAAGCCCGAUGCUGAACCCGCGAAAAUUGGACAAGGUCAAUUUCUCUCGAUAGACGGUCGGCCAAUCUCACAUGAAAAGGGGACUAUGAGAAGAAUUGUCGCUAUAUAUAAAUCCUAUAUCAGAGGAGCGUUUGCAGAUACGUCGGAGCUCAAAAAUCCUUUCAUUCUCUUGGGUAUCAAGUGCCCCGUGGCUAGCUAUGAUCCGAAUGUGGAGCCAGCUAAAGACGAUGUGCUGUUCGCAAAUGAAAGCCUUGUGUUAGGGUCCAUUGAGAGUGUAUUUAAGCAACUUUAUGGUGACCUAAAAGUCAUACCCUCGGCUACACGAAAGCCAGCCCUAUCCCAAAAGCUCGACAACCCAGAGUUGCUUUAUACCCGAAAGCCUGCCAUGUCCUUGACGGCUCUCCAACUUUCCACUGCUCCAAGUGAUGAGCCUCUUCCCGCGUCACCUUCGAACAAUCUGGUCACUCCGCAAGCCUUAGUAUCUUCUGUAAUCAAUGGCUCUGUCAAUGAAUUGCAAUCUGCUACGUUGAACGUCGAAGGCAUCAACGACGAGGUUGGAACAACCCCCCGCAAGUGGGGAUUUGAUAUGUCGAAUAUCUUAUCUGAAGAUAUCGAAGAACGCAGAAAAUCCUUCCAUAGUAAUAUGUUUCGCACUCCGGGUCCAGCAUGCAACGAAAGUCAACAAACGGAAUCAGGUCAUCCUCUGAAUCCUUGGGUCAUUGCUAAGAUGACCGCCCCAAUCCAACGUAACAACCAGCGUCCCCCAGUGACGAUGCGCCCAAGCUCUUUCAGUCCGGUCCAGCAAGACGAUCCGAUAUCAAAUCCCGUGCAGCUUCAGCUGUCUAACCUCAUUCCAUCAGAGCCUUUUCUCCUGGAGCCUCCCGGGUUCGAUACUCCGCCACAGCGCCAGUAUGCCGAUGAAAUCAUCCGAGGCCCCAGGUUUUCAAUAGAAGGCAGCCCAUCCCUUCCAAAUCAGUCUUUGCGUAGGAGGAGACACAGCAACCAGGAUUCCAGUCUCCUUGUGGACUCUGUUGAUGCCAGCCCCUCCCGUCAGCGCCGUGUCUCCGACGGAUCACGAAGUGGUGAACUGCAACCCAAUAUCAGGUCGCCGAUGGUUGGUUAUGGUAGGGGUUUGCGAUUUAUGAAUCAGGAAAAUGAGUCUGCACAAAAUCAGCGACCAAGUGAUUUCAUCAGCGCAAGAAAAGUAGCUGGAAACCAUCUCAUUUCACCACCACUCACACAGCGCCAAAGCCAUAAGGCAACUGGUGUUUUGAACAAGCCUUUCGUGCUUCCACGGAGAGCUACUAAUAACUUCUCAUCAAUAGGCGAGUUGCACCAGGCCACACUGGCGGUUGCGUCGGAAUCACCCCAGACACAGGGUGAUAUCUGGCAGACGGGGCCGCAAAGGGAACCAAAUCCCGAACUUGAGUGGUCUAUGGAAUUUGAACAGAGGAAGGAGCAUGCUAGCCGUCACCGUCGUCAAGAGCUUCGUGCAGCCCGGAAGGCUGCAUGUGAGAUAGAAGAGGCAGAUCGUAGGAUUCGAUCUUCCCCACACAAGAAUCGAUAUAAUGCAGCCAUAGCAACACUGGGAGCUGACCAUCUGGCGUCGCAAAACAACCUCCAGUCAAACAAGCCCAUCAAGACUUCCCUCCUGCAUAGCGAUCCGCGGGCAUACCUAAUGAAACAACAAAAGCUUAUGGUUGCUCACGGCGGCGCCUUAGAACUGACACGGGCGAAAUCAAUGAAGCUUCCGCUAGAGAGAAUACCCGAUGAUGCGAACACGCAGUCAUUGAUCUUGACACUUUCAAGUGAUAUAAACGAAUUUCGAAAACUCACAACUAGUAUGGCAACAGCAGACAAAUACGUUGCUCAUGGGAUAGAGUCUGCCGGUCUCGAGCCGCUGCCGUCGGAUGUGUCUGGAAUCACAAGCAGAAUUCAAACCGUGGUAGAAAGGUGGAUAAAUAGUGAGGAGCGGAAUACGUGCGAGGUUGAGUACACGUUUGAGAACUUACUCAACAGUAAAUCUUCUUUCAUGGUUUGA